CCAACCUGGCAACCCAGCCGCCGUAGCGCGACUACAAACACGGCGGCUUGAGGAGCCUGGUAGCCAAGGCAGCGGCAGGCUCCAUCAGAUAUCGCGAGAUAGAGCAGGCCUCGCGAGAUCUGACCUCUCGUCCCUGACAGGCGGGCGGUCUUUCCGGGCGGUAUGGGAGGGCUUUGGUGUCCGGGCUGGAGGCGCGUCGUUUUAUGUGGCUGGCGCUGCGGCCACCCUGGCUCCUCGACUAGGGUUGUGGAGAGGGCAGAGCCGCGUCUCAGGCCGGGGAGGAGUGGGACAGGAGGUGCUGAGAGGGGGCUGAGGCGGCUCGGGACAUGGAAGCGCCCGAGCCCGGCCGGGCAGCUGGCCGUGCAGCCACCGCGGCGGCCGAAGAGCACGAACCCCUUCACGCGCGCGCAGGAGGAGGACUGGCGCCGGCGGAACAAGACCGUCCUCACGUACGUGGCCGCGGCCGCCGUCGGCAUGCUGGGGGCCUCCUACGCCGCCGUGCCCCUCUAUCGGCUCUAUUGCCAGACUACUGGACUGGGAGGAUCAGCAGUAGCAGGUCAUGGGUCAGACCAGAUUGAAAACAUGGUGCCUGUUAAGGAUCGCAUCAUCAAAGUCACCUUCAAUGCAGAUGUGCACGCAAGCCUCCAGUGGAACUUUAGACCUCAGCAAACAGAAAUAUAUGUGGUGCCAGGAGAGACUGCACUGGCUUUUUAUAAAGCUAAGAAUCCUACUGACAAACCAGUAAUCGGCAUUUCCACAUACAAUGUUGUACCAUUUGAAGCUGGGCAGUAUUUCAAUAAAAUACAGUGCUUCUGUUUUGAAGAACAAAGGCUUAAUCCACAAGAGGAAGUAGAUAUGCCAGUGUUUUUCUACAUUGAUCCUGAAUUUGCUGAAGAUCCAAGAAUGGUGAAUGUUGAUCUCAUCACUCUUUCUUAUACUUUUUUUGAAGCAAAGGAGGGAUACAAGUUGCCGGUUCCAGGCUAUAACUGAAGUCAGCAACUACGUCCUGCUUCAAAUUUGUGAUUUUUGAAAAAUCAUGUAUGUUAUCUUCUCAGAGGAG